AUGGUAGAUACAUCAAAUCUUUUACCACAAACACCAAGACUUUUAAAAGUCCCAUUAAUUAUUUUAAAUAUUAUCCUUUGGAUUCUUGGUUUAGUUUUAGUUAUUGUUGGUGGUAUUUGUGUUAGCUUUUUAUCAAAUUUCAAAGAUUUCACAAAAGCCAGUGAUGCUAAAUCAGCUCUUUCAAAUCUUACAACCAGUAUUCCAGCUGGUGUUUUAGUUAUUGGUAUCCUCUUUGUAAUUUUCACUGUUGUUGGUUGUUUCGUUGCUUACAAAGAGAAAUUAGUUGGUUUAGUAAUCUAUUGUGCAGUAAUGUUAAUUUUAUUAGUUAUUUUAAUUGGUGUUGGUGGUAAAGCUAUAACAUUACACAAUGAUGAUAUCAUUAAUGAAGUUGGUGGUGCUUGGGAACAUGUUGCCAAUGGUACAAAGAAUAGCACCCUCACUCGUCUCGAAAAUUUCUUAAAAUGUUGUAAAUGGUCAAACGUCUCAAUAGACUCUUCAGAUUUAUGUCCAAAAGAUGGUGAUAAAAUUAAAUAUGAAGGUCACUAUUGUGGUGAAGCUUUAAGUGACCAAUUCAGUUCAAAAAUCUAUGCUGUUGGUGCUGCUGGUUUAGCCAUUGGUAUCAUUGAACUCGUUGCCAUCCUUUUCUCAUUAUUCUUAAUUAUUCGUAUUUGUCGUUCACCAAGAACUCGUUCAUAUGAUCAAUAUUAA